AUGUUCACUCGGCUCACCAUUCGAGCUAGCAAGUUCACACUCUCACCAACACACUUGCCCAAGUACCCAAUCCUGUCAACGUCCUUGAAAGCGAGAACGAUCGCCACAAUGACCUCGGAAGUCCAACCCCGCUUCCAGCAGCUGUUCACCGAGCUUGAAAAUCGCUUCAAAUCAACCAACCUAGGCAAUGACAAGUGGUAUAUCCUGGCGGCUUCCACAAUCGUCGCAUCUCCAGACCCUGAGCGUGCAGACCAAUUGUACUUGCAUCUCAUCAAUCAACCAGAGUAUGCGACCCCCACUGCGCGGCAGGCAUUGGUCCGACGUCUCCGAGAAGCACUUAUCAAAUCUGUGCCGAUAGUAGGAGUAUGCAAGCCGAUUGAAGCCAUUCUUGCGAUCAGCGAGGUGGAGCGCGACGAGGACAAAGAUUAUUCUUUCACGCGCGAAGGAUGGCAAUGUGACCAGGCCAACCAUGAGCGUGGCACCGAGUGGUUCCAAAAGCUGUAUGCUCGCAAUGGCGGCGGGACUCUCGAUUUAUUCAGGGCGCACAAGGACUUCAGUUGGCUGUCGACUGAAAUUACCUAUGGGUUGUUCUUGUCGGAUCGACAGGUGCUUGGAGAUGUCGACACUCAGUUGGUUGUGUUUCCGGGGAUCAUGAGCCAGAAUUUGCCCAAGGAGACGCAUUGGCAUAUUCGUGGAACGAGACGUCUUGGUGUGCCCAAAGAGGAGGUGGAGCUUAUUUGGAAUUGUGUGCAGCUUGUUGCUCAGUUCUUCGAAGUGAAACUGCACAAGGUACCAACUGUUGAGGAAGUGGAGUAUGAUGUUUAG